AUGGGAAGUGCGUCUGACGAGCCGGUGGUGAGCGAGGCCGUCAAGACGCUGGAGCAAUUGGGUAUAGAUUACGAAGUUCGGGUGAUGUCCGCUCACCGCACACCGGAACGAGUGGCCGAAUAUGCGCAGCAGGCGCGGGAUCGCGGCAUACAGGUGCUCAUCGCCGCUGCAGGCGGUUCGGCAGCGCUUGGUGGCGCACUCGCGGCCUGGUCCACACUGCCGGUUAUCGGCAUUCCGUUGGCCUCAAGUGAACUGAAAGGCAUCGAUGCCUUGCUGUCCACGGCGCAAAUGCCUCCUGGCAUCCCGGUGGCGGCCAUGGCCGUGGGUGCCUGGGGUGCCCGCAACGCCGCCUUUUUCGCCGCCCAAAUCCUGGGUCUGCAGCACCCUGAAAUCAGGCAAGCAUAUGACGACUACCGGCGCGAACUCCGCGAACGGUAA